CGUCACUUUCAUUCUUGCUUCUCACUUUUUUUGUAACCCUAAUCUUCUCACAUCAGCACACACACCAUUAUCAUUUCUCCAUUAUCAAGUCUUUUACUGAAUCAAAUUGGAUCAACUCAAAGGUUUUGAAUCAAGGCUUGAUCUCUUCUCUUCCUCUCAUUUUCAUCUGAUUCUGAAUCUAGCAAGGAGCACAAGAGGUUUGUUGGCGGCGUUAGGGAUGUUGGACAUCAACCUAUUCAGGGAGGAAAAGGGCCACAACCCUGAGCUCAUCCGCGAAUCCCAACGCCGUCGUUUUGCCAGCGUCGACCUAGUCGACGACGUCAUCAAUCUCGACAAAGAAUGGCGAAAGCGUCAAUUUGAGCUGGAGAAUCUCCGCAAAGACUUCAACAAGAUCAAUAAGGAAGUCUCCAAACUCAAGCGUGCUGGUGAAGAUGCAACCAAGUUUAUUAGUGAAUCAGAGGAGACCAAGAAAUUGAUAGCAGAGAAAGAGGUUGAAGUUGGGGAAACUCUAAAACUCUUGAAUUCCAAAUUGGAAACAAUUGGAAACCUCGUGCACGAUACCGUUCCAAUCAGUAAAGAUGAGGCCAACAAUGCUGUUGUUAGGUCGUGGGGGGAGAAAAGAGUGGAGCCUAAACUAAAGAAUCAUGUGGAUCUAGUUGAGCUUCUCGGGAUAGCAGAUACAAAGAAAGGAGCUGAUGUAGCUGGAGGUAGAGGUUUCUAUCUCAAAGGAGAUGGUGUUCUUCUGAAUCAAGCUCUAAUCAACUUUGGGCUUGAUUUUUUGGACAAAAGGGGAUAUACUUUAUUGCAUACUCCUUUCUUCAUGAGAAAAGAUAUAAUGUCAAAGUGUGCUCAGUUAGCCCAGUUUGAUGAAGAACUUUAUAAGGUAACUGGUGAAGGAGAUGACAAAUAUCUGAUUGCAACAGCAGAGCAGCCGCUUUGUGCAUAUCAUUUAGAUGAUUGGAUCCACCCUUCACAGCUGCCCAUAAGAUAUGCUGGAUAUUCAUCAUGUUUUCGUAAAGAAGCUGGAUCACAUGGUCGAGAUACUCUAGGAAUAUUCCGAGUUCACCAAUUUGAGAAAGUGGAGCAGUUUUGCCUUACUAGCCCAAAUGGCAAUGAUUCUUGGGACAUGCAUGAGGAAAUGCUAAAGAACUCUGAGGAGUUUUACAAAGCGUUAAACAUUCCAUAUCAAGUUGUUUCAAUUGUAUCUGGUGCUUUGAAUGAUGCUGCAGCAAAGAAGUGUGAUCUAGAAGCAUGGUUUCCAUCAUCUCAAGCUUACAGAGAGCUUGUUUCCUGUUCUAACUGUACAGACUAUCAGGCCAGAAGAUUAGAAAUUCGAUAUGGACAGAAGAAGAGCAAUGAGCAGAUGAAGCAAUAUGUUCACUUGCUGAACUCUACUCUCACGGCUACUGAGAGGACCAUGUGCUGCAUUCUAGAGAAUUAUCAGAAGGAUGAUGGAGUCGAGAUACCAGAAGUCCUCAGGCCAUUCAUGGGUGGGAAGACAUUCCUGCCUUUCAAGAACCAACCGGUUAAUGAAGCCAAAGGGAAGAAAUCGAAGGCCUAAUUGCAUUAUUUAUAGUCUGAGUGAUAUUUUUGAAGAGCUAGUUCAGAAUUGUAGGUUAUGACUUGUGUUCUCCACCUUAAUCUGUUUCCAAACUACCACCACUCCCAACCCAACCCCUUUCUCUCUUUUUUAUAUGCUUAAAUAGUAAAUGAUCUUUAAAAACAUGCCCGAUUUUGUGGGGAAAGGAUACACGGCAUAUUCUGUAACUCAGUAAACUAAAAAAUUUGUGCUUU